AGUGACACCAGUGACACUGGAACAAGCCAUUGGUGGUUUGAAUGUUCGUUCUGAGGUGUACUGAGGUGUACUGUGGUGUAUUUUACCUUGGUGCCUUGGUGACGGGGUUGCUGAAGGUGCUCGUGUUCUUGCCCUGCUCUUUCCGCGCCAAGCUAGCGCCGUGGGCCAAUGGACCGCGGCUGGACAGUUGCAAACCCCAUCGUGCUUGCUCCCAGUGUCGCUAUUCACACUAUUCACGCUAUUCACGCUAUUCACGCUACGCACACUAACCUCCACCAACCUCCACUAAAAACAUCCACUAACUCUCAUUAACUCUCACCAACUCACACUAAAUUUAGUGACCUGAACGUUCUGGUUCGUCCCAUUGUGAGCUUGCAUCCAGCCACUUCGAGCCAACGACAUCUUCACCACAACUGGAGAAACACCACCACCACCACCACCACCACCAACACCACCAACACCACGUAUAGCUCUAAGCAACUAAACAACUGCGAUCGGGUAGGUACUUCUUUUCCCGCACAAACUAAUGAUUUCAAUUCCGGUAUGGCGGCCGUAUCUUCCAUCGUUCCUCCUUCAAGUGACGUGACCAAGCUCCACGGUAAGUCGCAGAAAACGGACGCUCGACGUUUACAGGUGAGACUAAGGUGAACUUAUGCUGUCUCCAUCGUGAAAGCCCUGCCUUAAAGAGCCCCUCUCCUCCUUGCUCUUUUUUCCUUUUCUCUCCUCAUUACUUUUAAUUCCAAUCCAUUGCCAGUCUUCAUCCAGUCCUCCGAGUAACUCCUUCGCUACGGUUACUCUCAUCACCUUCGUUGAUCCUCUUCAAGCUUCACUCGCGCUCAAGCAAUCACCCCAAGAAGCUCAUCAACAUGAAGACUACUUUCGCUCUUGCGGCUCUCGCCGUCUCUGCUGUGUCCGGACAGGCCCUCCAGCCUCGCUGGCCCCUCCAGCUUCGCUGGCCCGGUGAGGUCAAGACGACGAGCACCGUCACCGACUACACCACCACCUAUGUUACCGACUGCCCAGUGACAACCACCAAGACUGAGCAUGGCACCACCCAGGUCGUCACUUACACCACGACCUCGACUCGCACCAAGGUGAUCCACACCACCAUCCCAGUCACCAUCACGGAGCCCGACACGACCGCCACCACCACCGCGGUUACGACCCAGUACACCACCUCUCUGUGCCCAGUCACCAAGACCAUCACCGAGUCCGGCAAGGUCAUCACCGUGGUCUACACGUCCACCUCCAUCAUCCCCGUCAAGGUCCCCUCCACGGUCACCGAUAUUGUUACCGGCAAGCCAUCCACUGUGCCAGUGACUGAGAUCGACUUCAUCACGAAGACCAUUCCUUGCCCAUUCACUGUCACUUCGACUAUCAGCGGCAUCCCAGUGACUCUCACCAAGACCUCGUUCUCCACCAUCGUCACCAAGGUCCCAACUACCAUUGUUGACCACACAACCGCCGUCACCACCACCUUCCAGACCACCGAGGUCAUCACUACGACCACCUGCCCGGUCACCUUCAAGACCACCAUCUCGGCCAACUCCACCAUCGUCAUCCCCGUGACCAACACCAACACCAUCGUUGUCACCAAGACCCACGCCGUCACCGAGACCAACAUUCAGACUCUGACCUCCCACUCGGCCGAGACCAACAUCCAGACUCUGACCUCCCAGGCGGCCGAGACCACCAUCCAGUCUCUGACCUCCCACGCGGCCGAGACCAACAUCCAGACUCUGACAACUGUCACACAGCCAACCGUGCCUAAGCCAACUGUGCCUGAGCAAACAGUCCCUGUCGUCCCUGAGCAAACUGUCCCUGUCGUCCCUGUCGUCCCUGAGCAAACAGUCCCUGUCGUCCCUGAGCAAACUGUCCCUGUCGUCCCUGUCCCAACCACGAUGGUGCCUUCCAAGCCAUCUUCCAGCAGCCCUGAGGCAACCUCCGGCGGAUCUACUCCAGAGGUCACCCCAAUCCCAAGCACCACCCCAGCCCCCAACAACGCUGGCUCCAACAAGCCUGUCGCUGCGGCUUUCGCUGGUGCCCUUAUGGGUCUUAUCGCUCUCAUCUAGAGUGUGAUAUAUGCUGAGAUUUGAGGCGCAUCUAGGAGUGCAGCUACGAGGGGGGAUACACGUUUGAUACGGGGUGUAUAUUUGGACGCAAUGAAUUUUCCAACGAAGCUACAUGACCUAGAGGCGUCACACACUCAUUUUUGAUAUAUAUUUUUCUUUCAUGGAUUUAAAGGGAUGGAGAAUAGGGAGGAAGGGAAGGAUGGAAAUGGGAAGAAAUUCGGAGCAAUUUGGUAAUUGUGGGUACUUGAGUUGAGAGGUCCGAAGAGACAAAAGACAUAAUAAUAUAUGCGCUGGCAAUUCAGCUCACAGACCCCUUUCUUCUCUUUUAAUGGUGGGAGUUUUUCGUUGUAUAUUAUUUAGAGGUGGUAUGGGACUGAAGCAGAGAUGCUGAAGGUGGGGGGAUGAUGGCCGUAGCUACACCUAAAUAAAACUACGGAAUUCAAACACAUUAAAUCCAUGUUUUUUUGAGGGGACUUGAUGUGAAUUACGUGGAGCUUAAUUUUGGAUCGAUGCGGGGUUAUGAAAUAAAGUAUUAACACGUAAAAAGGUUUAAGAACAGUGAUGGUUGAUUUUUGCGUCCUACAUCGGAAGAGCUGUCGUUACAAGCGCCACCACCCGACGCCACAUCCCCGCCAAGCCCGCCGAUCCACACCACAACCUUGGUGGGUCCGUCGGUCAUACCCAUGCCUUCCCCAAACCCCU